GGCGGAGGGGGCGGGGCCGGGGUGGUGCCAGGCUGCAGCGGGCCGGGCAAGAUGGCUGCCGUUGAGGCCGAGACGGGGCUGCUGACCCUGGAGUCGCUGCCCACCGACCCUCUGCUGCUCAUCUUAUCCUUCGUGGACUACAGGGACCUAAUCAAUUGUUGCUAUGUUAGUCGAAGACUUAGCCAGCUAUCAACUCAUGAUCCACUGUGGAGAAGACACUGCAAAAAAUACUGGCUGAUAUCUGAGGAAGAGAAAGCCCGGAAGAAUCGCUGCUGGAAGUCUAUCUUCAUAGACACUUACUCAGAUGUAGGACGAUACAUUAACCACUAUGCUGCUAUUAAAAAGGCCUGGGAUGACCUCAAGAAAUACUUGGAGCCCAGGUGUCCUCGGAUGGUUUUAUCUCUGAAAGAGGGCGCACGUGAGGAAGACCUGGAUGCUGUAGAAGCUCAGAUCGGCUGCAAGCUCCCCGAUGAUUAUCGCUGUUCCUACCGGAUCCACAAUGGGCAGAAGUUAGUGGUUCCAGGGCUGCUGGGAAGUAUGGCAUUGUCAAAUCACUACCGCUCUGAAGAUUUAUUAGAUGUUGAUACUGCUGCCGGAGGAUUUCAGCAGAGACAGGGCCUGAAAUACUGUCUCCCUUUAACCUUUUGCAUACAUACCGGUUUGAGUCAGUACAUCGCUGUGGAAGCUGCUGAGGGCCGGAAUAAAAACGAAGUGUUCUACCAGUGUCCAGACCAAAUGGCUCGGAAUCCUGCUGCUAUUGACAUGUUUAUCAUAGGUGCUACUUUUACUGACUGGUUUACAUCCUAUGUCAACAAUGUUGUAUCAGGUGGCUUCCCCAUCAUCAGAGACCAGAUUUUCAGAUAUAUUCAUGACCCAGAGUGUGUAGCAACAACUGGAGAUAUUACAGUCUCAGUGUCCACAUCAUUUCUGCCAGAACUCAGCUCUGUGCACCCGCCACAUUAUUUUUUCACAUAUAGAAUCAGGAUUGAAAUGUCAAGAGAUGCUCUCCCUGAGAAGGCCUGUCAGUUGGACAGUCGCUACUGGAGGAUAACAAACGCUAAAGGGGAUGUGGAAGAAGUCCAGGGACCUGGCGUAGUUGGUGAAUUUCCAAUUAUUAGCCCAGGUCGGAUAUACGAAUACACAAGCUGUACCACAUUUUCUACAACAUCAGGCUAUAUGGAAGGGUAUUAUACCUUCCAUUUUCUGUACUUUAAGGACAAGGUCUUUAAUGUUGCCAUCCCCCGAUUCCAUAUGGCAUGUCCAACCUUCAGGGUGUCUGUAGCCCGACUGCCUCCCAAGUGCUAGAUGUGUGCACCAUCCCUACACCAGACCAGACUUCCAUUCUUGGCCUACACCAGACCAGACUUCCAUUCUUGGUUAGCCCAGAACCUAUAUGAGCGUGGUACCAUCUUAUCCUUAAAUGGUUGAUAUUCAUCAGUGAAGCUGUCUAGAACUGGAGUUUGCUUUAUGGGGAAAUUUUAAAAUAUGGACUUAUUUUCUUUAAUACGUAUAUUUUCUAUUCCUUGUUGUUUCAGUUUUGGUAAUUUGUGCCUUUCAUGAAAUUCGUUCAUUUCAUCUAAAUGUUGAAUUUAUUAGCAUAAAGUUAUUCACAAUAUUCCGUUGAUAUCCUUUUAAUAGCUAUAAGAGCUGUAGUCAGAUAACCUUCUUUUAUUCUUAAUAUUCGUGAUUUAUACCUUUUUUUAGCCACAACAUUUCUAUUGAUCAUUCAAAAGGAACAGCAUUUAGUUUUGAUAAUUUUCUGUAGUUUUCUUUUUCUGUUUCAGCGCUUAGUGGACUUGUCUUUAGUCCUCUUCUACUUACUGUGGGCUAAAUUCACUUUUCUUGUAGCUUUUCAAGAUAGAAGUGUAGAUUAUCGAUUGUAGACCUUUCCUGUUUCUAAGCACUGUUUUAGCUGUAUUGUACAAAUUUUGAUAUGUUAUAUUUUGGUUAAUAUUUAGUUCUGAUUCUCCUUGUAACUGACUUAAGACUGCAUAGAAAUAUGUUAAUUUUCAAGUGUUUGGAAGAUUUUAGUUAUCUUUUGCUUAUUGAUUUCUAAAAUUAUUGUGGUUAGAGAACUUACUUUGUAUUGCUAAUAUUUUCUAAUGUUUUAUGACCCCAAAUUAUGUGAAGACUUUCUAUAUCUUGGUAAAUGAUCUUUGUAUCUUUGAAAAGAAUGUAUACUCUACCAUGUGUGAAAUUAUUCUAUAAAUGACAAGCCAAGCUGGCUGAUUGACAGUGUUUGCCAAGUCAUCUGUAUAUUUAUUGCUCUUUCUUUAAACUUUUGUUACGUCAGCCAUUGAAGAGAUUAUUGUUGAAAUCUUUAGUCAAUGGCUUUGUCCAUGGCUCACUUUAUUCUUGUCAGAUUCGCCUCAUGCAUUUUGAAGUUAUAUAAUUGCGUGCCAGUGUUUAGGAUUGUUGUCUGUUUAUGGAAGUAGUUCUUUGAUUCUUAUUCAUCUCUAAUAACAUUCCUUGUCCUAAGUUAAGAGCAUUGAGGUUUGCAUGGGCAGGCAGUCGAGCUGGGUCAGUUUGAUCCUUUUGUUGCUUGUCUUUAAUCUUUGUUUCAGUGGAUGUAACGUAUGGGUUCUACUUAAAGACAGUGGUUCUCAAGCCUUUGGGUCUCAUCACCUCCUUAGAUGUAUAAAACCAUUGAUGCCUAAGAACCGUUUACAUAGUCAUGUCAGUAUUUACAACAUUAGAAAUUAAAACAGGACAUUGAUAAUAGUAUCAGUUCCUUUUAAAAUUACAAUAAAUAAACCCUUUACAUGUUCAACCCUCUCAACUGUAUUUUAUUUAUUUAAAGCUUUAGUUUCUACUCAACUACAAGAAAAAGUAGUUGACCUGUUUUUCAGAAAAUGUUUUCUCAAAGAUGGAGAGUCAUUAGAAAAAAUGAGAAUUGUGACUUAUUUUAAUCAACAUAAAAAAGAUAAUAGGGUUGUAUUUAUUAGCCUUUCUUAUUGCUAUUAUCUUCCUUGAUAUGGGAGUUGAAUUGUGUUUUGCAUUUUUUUGUCCUCCACCAGUCUGAUUAAUUGCUAGGCUUCGUAAUUUCUUUUCCUUUAUACUUGCCACUGUAAAUAUUCUGUUUAGUUUAAUGAUGUCCCCAGGUAGGGCAUUUAUUGUGCUUGAUUGAGAGCACUAUGAACAUUCUAGAUGCUUCUUUAUGUUCAUUCUCCUCUGUUCCUCUCUUAUGUUCUGUUUGGAUAGUAUACUAUCAUCUGACUGUUUCUCUCUCUAACCACAGUUGAUUCCUUUAAUAGUUCUUGUUUUCUUCAUUAAUAUAAUAAUAAUAAUACCUGAUAACCAUGUUUUAGGAUUUCCAAAGCCUUCCCCAUCCCUCCUUUUGUACCUCCUGCAAAAUUUUGAAGUCUUCAAAAACAAAAAAAUCUAAAGUUAAAAAUAAUGAAAUAACAUAAAAGUCACAUUUGUGUAUAUUUUCUUAUUGUGUUAUAAUAAAUCCUAAAUGACACAAUUCUUUUCUCCUACAUUUUCAUUUGCUCUCUCAACAAGUGUCUGAGUACUGUAGCAAACAAUAUAAUCAAAACCCCUGCCUUGGAUUUUAUAUCCUAAUUGGAAGAAACAAACAAAUAUGUGCUCUUGGGUCAAGUAACAAAUGUGGUAGAGAAAAAGCAGGGGCUAAAGGGAGUGCCCUGUUGGGCUCUGUUCUAAAGAUGUGUCCGGAGAGGCCUUGGUAAUAUCUAAGUAGAAAUGUAGAAGGAAUGAAGGGAGCCAAGAGGAUUUGUGGAAUAAUAUUUAGCCAAGAAGUACUUGGUAUGAAAGUUCUUAGGCAACUGUGGGCUUAAUGUGUUUAAUCUAAGGAGGCUUGAGUGCAGAGAACAAGGGGAGAACAGUCAUAAAUGAGGUCAGAGUAGCCACUCUCAGUACAUGAGAGCCUGUCUUAAAAAAGAGGGACCAGAGUAGUCUAAUGAUAUUAGUGCAGUAAAAGACAUGGUGGGGGGAUUUUUGCUGACAUCAUGUACUAAACUUCUCAGUACUCAGAUGGCCAGCUGAGCCCUGGUUGUUCAGACUCUUCAUUGAGUUUUCAGAUGUGUGUAAGAGAAGAUUGGCAGCCAAGUUAAAUUGAUUGGGGAUGCCUGCUUAAGCAAAAUAGCAUUCUAAGAGAUAGUCUGACACUGCAACAUGCUGCUCCUCUCUCCUGUCCUAGAGCCUCCAUGUCUCCCUUUUCUUACAGUGUUGAGUGGUCUUAGGGAUGCACCUCUCUAGGGAAUCAGCAAAGUGACACUUGGCUGAGGCUGUUUGAAAGGGCAGUGUGCCUUUAUCUUAGUUUUCCUGCUCCUGGAACUGCCUCUGGUGUCCUGAGACCUAGUGUGAGAAGUCCAGUUCCCAUGAAGCAGCCAUGGAAGGCAUGUAGAGAGCCAGCUUCAAGGUGGAAGGAAGUGCCCACUCCAGGCUCCAGAGAUUUGGAUCAUCCCAGUCCAGGUACCAGACAUGUGAGUGAAGAAGCCCUUGAGGUGAAGCUUGGGUCCAGUCACCAUUCAGCUGUAGCAUCGUGAGAGACUUGAAGUCAGAAGUAUUCCAUUGAGUGCUUCUCAGAUAUCCAACCACAGGAACCAAGAGAAGAUAACUGACUGUUGUCCUUAUAAGCAACUGAAAAAAUAAAAAUAUUUCUUUUUCAAA